CCGAAUCCGAGGUCCCCUCCAAGUUGGGGAGCGGAGUGGGGUGGAGGCGCGAGUCGCCGGCGGCCAGGCCCGCGGGCGGCGCGCUCGGCCUGCGCGCCCAGCUCGGCGCUCGGCUGGGGCGGGCGCAUGAGCUCCGGGGCGCGCGGGAGAGCGGACGGCUUCGGCCGCUGAGCCAGGCUCAUUGUUCGGCAGGUCCGGGGCAGGGCAGCAAAAGUGGGAGGAGGCCGAGCCCGGGGAGAAGGACGCCCGGCGAGACCCAGACUAGUUGUCGGCGUUUCUGUUUUCUUUUUUAAAACGCCCCUUAGGCGCGCGGGGGGUGCUUUCCGACCCUCUGGGCCCGCCGGGGACGUCCGGGAGGUGGCGGCCGCAGACGUGGGCCUGCGAGCGGCGCGUUCGCUGCAACUUGUCAGUUCUAUUGUUGCUGAGCGAGACCUGCUAGAAGUGGCCGAAGAUGAAUUCCCAGCAGCAGCGCAUGGCCGCUAUAGGGACCGACAAGGAGCUGAGCGACCUGCUGGACUUUAGUGCGAUGUUUUCCCCACCUGUUAAUAGUGGGAAAACCAGACCAACAACACUGGGAAGCAGUCAGUUCAGUGGAUCAGGUAUGGAUGAACGUGGAGGUACAUCAUCUUGGGGAACAGGUGGUCAACCAAGCCCCUCCUAUGAUUCAUCUAGAGGUUUUACAGACAGCCCUCAUUACAGUGAUCACUUGAAUGACAGUCGAUUAGGGACUCAUGAAGGCUUGUCCCCAACACCUUUCAUGAACUCAAAUCUGAUGGGGAAAACAUCAGAGAGAGGCUCAUUUUCCCUGUACAGCAGAGACACCGGAUUACCAGGCUGUCAAUCUAGUCUCCUGAGACAAGAUCUAGGACUUGGGAGCCCAGCACAGCUGUCUUCUUCAGGAAAACCUGGAACUCCGUACUACUCAUUCUCUGCCACAAGUUCUAGGAGAAGACCACUCCAUGACUCUGCAGCGCUUGAUCCUUUGCAAGCAAAGAAAGUCAGAAAGGUGCCUCCUGGUCUGCCUUCUUCUGUAUAUGCACCAUCCCCAAAUUCAGAUGAUUUCAACCGUGAAUCUCCUAGUUAUCCAUCUCCUAAGCCACCAACCAGUAUGUUUGCUAGCACUUUCUUUAUGCAAGAUGGGACCCACAAUUCUUCUGACCUUUGGAGUUCAUCAAACGGAAUGAGCCAGCCUGGUUUUGGUGGAAUUCUGGGGACCUCUGCUUCUCACAUGUCUCAGUCCAAUAGUUAUGGCAGCCUUCAUUCACAUGACCGCUUGAGUUAUCCUCCACACUCAGUUUCACCAACAGACAUAAACACAAGUCUUCCACCAAUGUCCAGCUUCCAUCGCGGCAGCACCAGCAGUUCACCUUACGUUGCUGCCUCACACACUCCUCCCAUCAAUGGAUCAGACAGCAUUCUAGGAACCAGAGGGAAUGCUGCUGGAAGCUCACAGACAGGUGAUGCACUUGGAAAGGCUUUGGCAUCUAUUUAUUCUCCUGAUCAUACCAGCAGUAGUUUUCCAUCAAACCCAUCAACACCAGUUGGAUCACCUUCGCCUCUUACAGGUACCAGUCAGUGGCCCAGACCUGGAGGUCAAGCUCCUUCAUCACCAAGCUAUGAAAACUCACUCCACUCCCUGAAAAAUCGAGUUGAGCAGCAACUUCACGAACAUUUGCAAGAUGCAAUGUCCUUCUUAAAGGAUGUCUGUGAGCAGUCUCGAAUGGAGGAUCGUUUAGACAGACUGGAUGAUGCUAUCCAUGUGCUACGGAACCAUGCUGUGGGACCUUCCACCAGUUUGCCUGCUGGUCACAGUGAUAUACACAGUUUAUUGGGACCAUCCCAUAAUGCACCAAUUGGAAGCCUCAGUUCAAACUAUGGAGGAUCAAGCCUUGUUACAAACAAUCGAUCCACUUCAAUGGUUGGAACUCAUCGGGAAGAUUCUGUCAGUCUCAAUGGCAAUCAUUCAGUGCUGUCUAGUACCGUCGCUGCUUCAAGCACAGACCUGAACCAUAAAACACAAGAAAAUUAUAGAGGUGGGUUGCAAAGUCAGUCUGGAACUGUUGUUCCAACAGAAAUCAAGACUGAAAACAAAGAAAAGGAUGAAAACCUUCAUGAACCUCCUUCAUCAGAUGACAUGAAAUCAGAUGACGAAUCCUCCCAAAAAGAUAUCAAGGUCUCAUCUAGAGGCAGAACAAGGUAUUUGUUAGUAUCCAGCAGUACUAAUGAAGAUGAGGAUUUGAACCCAGAACAGAAAAUAGAAAGGGAGAAGGAAAGGCGAAUGGCUAACAAUGCCAGGGAACGCUUGCGUGUACGGGAUAUUAAUGAGGCAUUCAAAGAACUUGGCCGAAUGUGUCAGCUUCAUUUAAAGAGUGAAAAACCCCAAACAAAACUCCUUAUUCUUCAUCAGGCCGUGGCAGUCAUCCUUAGUCUAGAACAGCAAGUCAGAGAGAGGAACCUCAACCCCAAAGCAGCCUGCCUUAAGAGAAGGGAAGAAGAAAAAGUUUCUGCCGUAUCGGCAGAGCCGCCAACCACGCUGCCAGGAACCCAUCCUGGGCUUAGUGAAUCUACCAACCCUAUGGGUCAUAUGUAAACAUCAGCCAGUUCCAGAGUUAUCAAUAGGCUAGAUAGAAGGUGACCUCUCCUCAUAAGGACUUGGACAACUCAGAUUAUCUGAAGACACAAACCUGACAGGAGGGAGAAGAAAAAACAAAACACUUGAAGCAAGAAACUCAAAUAUAAUCCUACGAUCAAAGCAACUGGUCAACACUUCCAUCAGAAGUGAAAAUAGGAAGUUCAUCGGAUAGAACGUCAGCCCAAGAGAUGUUUGCAGCAUAUCAUUUUGUUGCAAGCAGCAUGUCGCUUCUGCACAAUCAGAGACUGUCUCGAUCUCUCCACUCACCGUGGAAGUUGCCUUGUGCCUAAACUGAAUUGACAAAUGCAUUGUAACUACAAAUUUUAUUUAUUGUUAUGGAACUGUAAGGUCUACAUAUAAAGGGAAAAAGUUAAAUGUGGAAAGCUGAUCUACACUCGGCUGAUGCCAGCAUUCGUUAAAGCUGUUCACGUGCAGAGAACAAAGCAGUGACAACCAUUGGCCCUUAGCAUUCCCGGCAUACCUGUUAGUGUCUUAAAAAGGAAGGGAAAAGUCUUUUGUUGCCCUCUCCUAUCCUUUUGCCAUAUGAAUAGUGUUUUCCAUGAAAUAGGAAAAUAUUACUUGAUAUAGCAUUUCUCUCGCUCUCAUUUUUUCAUUCAUUUUUAUUUUCUCUUCGUGGGUGUUAUAUUUGAUCUCUGAAUCUGAGUAGUUUAUGGUCACAGUCCAGAAUCCUCCAUGCAGCCCUGUGUGCUCUGCACAUCUACCUUAUAGUUUUAAGCAGAGACUAUCUGUGACCAUAGCCUUGCUAAGAUUUUAAAAGGGGAAAUUUCAGCCCCUAGGUUCCCCACCCCCAGUAAACAUUGCUUUAUUUCUAAUAAUAACCAAGACUUUUCAAGCUUCUAGGUUUCAUAGUAAAGCUUGUAAUAGCAAGAAGUGUAAAUUACAAGGGAAGAAUCUACUUUUUAGAAAUUGCUUUGUUUUCCAAGCAGUAAGUACUACAUGAUAUAGUACUUGUAAAGUGUUAGCUGUAAGUAAGCACAAAAUACAUUUAAAAUACAAAGAUGAUUUUUCAGGCUGUGAUUUUGGUGAACAAAACAAAACCCAGUAGUCACCAAGGCAGGUAGUGUGAUAAAUGAACACACCACUCUGAGGCUAAUUACCUAAUGGAAUACAAGAGCAAUGGUCACCCAUGUUUGCUUAUCCAAGCCUUUAUUUCUCUGACAUUUGGAUGGCUGGUCAGUAGGGAGGAAUUCAGUGGGUGAUUUAAUCAACUGCAGACCAUCUGCCCCCAUCCCAAGAAGAGGAGCCAGAUUAGCAUUAAACCAGUACUUGUCCGCCCUUUGUACCACUGUGCACUAAGGCACCCUCUGUCUCUAACCCUUAGGAGUUGUUUUUUAAGUCAUAGUCAUCACGCUGAACUUCCACGAAAUCUGUCUUCCACCACAACCACCCUGGGAGAGAAAAACAUGCUAAACAAGGUUGUCUUGGCUUAGUAAUUCCUUAUAGCCAGUAUCAACAAUGGCAAUCAGCACACAGAAGAGAGAGCCCAAAUCACUAUGUAACUUAAAGAUUUCUGUUAAUUCGAAAGAACAAAAACAAUUAAGACAGAAUUGCAGAUCCUCCAAUCAGGAUGAUUCCUAACAAAUCAGCUCUUUGUGAACUUGGUGGACUUUUUGGUUACCUUAAUUUGCAUAUAUUCUCCAAUUACAUCAGAAUCUAUCUGUGGCCUUGUUCUUCAUUUCAGUGUUAAUCAGCUAAACAGAAGUUGUUGCUUAUGAUGUGUGAGUGAACAUAUGCCACUGCCUGGCCUUUUCUUCGGAGCUUGUUGUCUUUUUCGCUAUAUUAGACUUUGCAGUAUGCCCAGAAGCUUUCCUUCAUAAGAUAGAAAGAAAAAACAUUUGGCUUAUUUUUCACUGUAGCUAGUCUUUUAUACAAUAAUCUUGUAAGAAAAUUUCUUGAAUUCUAAAUAUUACUCUUUCUAGAUUUUUGAAAUCGAAAGUUUUCAGUAAAAAGUUUCUUACUUUAUUUUAUUAUAUUAGGUAGUAAAAAUGUAGGGUUAUUUACCAUAACCUGUUCAUUAAUAUCAGAAAUUUACAAUAGCAUUUUAAGACCAUAGUAGGAUUCUAGCAUACCGUGUAGUACCUAUGGAGUAUUGUAAGAGCUACUUGUUCGAGAUGAAUUGCUUCUCAUCUUGUUCUCCAGUUUCCAUUGUUGGUUUAUUGCAGAUUUGUAUCCUGUGUCAAAUUCAAGGUAUUAUUGAUAAACCUUUUCAACCAGCAGCAAGAAGUUCAAAUUUUUUCUGUCACUGUAACAGAAAAUACAAUAUGUAUAUAACAUUUAUGUAGCAAUAAAUGUGCCAUCUUUUUUUUUAACAUAGUAAACUAGUGAGUUUUUUACAUUCCUUUUUCUCACAGUAAUGUAUUUUCUUUUCUUUUCUCUAUCUCAUCCCUCCCAGAAAGGCUUAUGCACUUUUUCUGUCUGCAUUAUCUGCAUUACCUAGGAAACACUGUAAGACAUCAAUGUACUGGAGGAACUAGGUGAUAUCUAGCCUGUUGCUUCUCCAGGUUGUGCAUUUCUCUUGCCCUCUCUACUAUACCUAAAGGUUGAACAAACAGUACUUAGUAGCUAAAGAAAAUCUGCUCUUGCAGAUCUAGAGGAAAAUGAAGACGCUGGAAGGACUCAAGGGAGACUCUUAAUUAAGUUAAUAUCCCCUAAGGCACUUUCACAUUUCUCACAUCCCACUUUUCACCACCACCCCCCAAAUAUAUAUAUCCUAGCAGUUAUCUAAGAGGACUUCAUGUCAGUCAAGAGGCAGAGAUAGUGACUUUGUAGAGGGCCUUUUCACAAGCAGCCCAAGAAUGGUAUUAACCUGACAAAUUGGUUCUCUUUGAAUUUUGAAAUGCGCUGUUCACUUUGGGGACCCAGCAGAGGAUUUUACUUAUUGUGGGAUUUGGUGAAAAAAAAUUUUUGGUUUGAUUUUACACAAAAUGAUGAACUAAAAAGCUCUACCCAAUUGGAUAUACCCAAUAUACCCGUUGUAUAUUUUGAAGAAAAUGUGAGGGCUGAAAUUAAAUCUGGAGAUCAUCUAGUACAACCAUCUCAUUUAUAGAUUUGUAAAAACUAAGACUCAGAAAGGUUGCAUGUCUCCAAGUGCACAGAAUUAGAACAGAUCAAGACACUUAAAACUUCUCAUACCAACCUUCCUGCCCUUACUUUCUUUUCUUUCUCUUUAUAGAUAUUUAGACCAAUUCUAUUCAGGUUUCAUUUUCCUCUGUUUCUUUCAUGUUUCUUCUAGCUCAUACUUUUUUCCUUCCCUGAAAACUCAGAUUUUAAAUAAACAUCACAAGGGAUGUGUGUGUGUGUGUGUGUGUGUGUGUGUUAGAAGUUGAAAGUGUUGGUUUUGGCAUCAGUCCUUGAUUCAAAUGCAGAUUCAACAUCUAAUUAACUCCAUUUCCUUAUCUGAAAAAUGGAGAUACAUACAAGAAUUGUGUAAGUAUUGAAUGAAACUGUAUGGAAAGCUCUUACCAUGAUACCUGUCAAAUAAUAAGUACUCAAUAAUGAUAAAUAUUUUUCAAAUAAAUAGUAUUAUAACCA